CGCAUGGUGGGCAAAGAUGAAGAAGAGCAACUGCACAAACACUUCAUCUUCGCCGUCAUCGGUCUUCACUGGUGACUCAUCUGCUCCAGCCUCCGUCCAUCUUUACAUUCUCAUUUUGGAUAACUGAUUGUCGCUUUUCAUUGGUGACUCGCCUGCUCCAGCCUCUAUCUGUCUUGGCGUGCUUGUUUUGGCAGAGACGGGCUAUAAUAAUAAGUCGUGGGGUAUUUGCAAGCUGCGUCUGCCCUUGUGUUUGAUUUCUGGAUUCUAAUUGGGUUCUUCUUGCUUCCGCAAUAGCCUGAGCUAUUUGCUUUUUUUUAGAGGUUUAGAAGAAAAGUUCAAAUAAAUGGAGUUAAGUACGGUUCUUCAAUCAUGUUGUUCUCUCCAAUUAAGGUUUCCUAUAACCAUUCGACCAUCAUCGUCAAGAAGUCCGCCUCAGAUCGCUUGCUUGAAGUUUAGUAAUAAAGGCUGUAAUUUAUUGGGUAAACAGGCAAGAUGGCUGCAGUCAUCCCCUACUAAUGCUGAUGUUGGUGACAAAAGUGCAGUGCGACAUGAUUUUGUUUGUCAAGGUUUAUCAUCUUCUCAUACUUCUGAAGCUGCUUCAGUUCAUGAUGAACCUAAAAAAAGUAGUGAGGAAAGGGAUGAUGGUGAUAGUGAUGGUGCUCGGUGCUUGGAUGACAGUCGAAUGGUUAGAGUUUGUGACAAGCUUAUUGAUGUUUUCAUCGUUGACAAGCCAACUCCAACUGAUUGGAGAAGGUUGUUAGCUUUCAGCAAGGAAUGGAACAAUAUUAGGCCCCAUUUUUUUGCACGUUGUCAAGAUAGAGCUGAUGAUGAGAAAGAUCCAGUGAUGAAGCAGAAGUUGCUUCGACUUGGAAGGAAGCUUAAAGAGAUUGAUGAAGAUGUACAGAGGCACAAUGAACUUCUUCAAGUGAUCAGAGAAUCGUCAACAGAAAUUACAGAAAUUAUCUCCCGUCGUCGUAAAGACUUCACAAAAGAAUUUUUUGUACACCUUCACACUGUAGCAGAAUCCUAUUAUGACAACCCAAAAGAGCAAAAUGAGUUGGCAAAGCUUGCGAACGCUUGCUUGGCCGCGGUGCAAGCGUAUGAUGCGGCAACUGAUAGCAUGGAAGCAUUAAAUGCUGCAGAGUUGAAAUUCCAGGAUAUCAUUAAUUCUCCUUCUCUGGAUGCUGCCUGCAAAAAGAUAGACACUCUUGCUGAGAAAAAAGAACUAGAUUCAGCAUUGGUAUUGAUGAUCACAAAAGCUUGGUCAGCUGCAAAGGAGUCAAAUAUGAUGAAAGAUGAGGUAAAAGAUGUACUCUAUCAUUUAUACAAGACCGCAGUUGGUAAUCUUCAGAGACUGGUGCCGAAGGAGAUUCGAAUUAUCAAGCAUGUUAUUAGAAUUGAAGAUCCUGAAGAGCUAAUGUGUGCCCUCAGAGAUGCAUUUACCCCUGGAGAAGAACUUGAAGGAACUGAUGAGGAUACCUUAUACACGACUCCUGAGAAGCUUCAUACCUGGAUAAAAGUUGUGGUAGAUGCUUAUAAUUUGAGUGGAGAAGGAACCCUUAUAAGGGAAGCCAGGGAUCUGUUGAAUCCGAAGGUCAUCCAGAAAUUGGAGGAGCUGAAGAAGGUAGUGGAAGGCAAUUUUAUGUGAACAAACCCUUAAGUAGACUUUCCUUAGAGCCCAAAAAUUUUCUGUGAAUCAAGAGAUUUCUGAUGUCCAUGAACUGCAAUACAAACCUUGUUUGGGAUUGCAUGGUUGCUAGGAAGUGUCUGAAAUCUUGUUACUUUUUAGUGACAGAAAAGUUUUAGAUUUAGAGUCUGCCAAAUUAGGAAACAGGCUAGAUAAGUUAAUAUAAUUAUGAUUUCUUUUAUUAUUUCAACAUGUUUUUGAAAGUCACAUUGGGUCCCGAUUAAUUUGGAUCAAGAUAAACUGUGGGAGGAUAAGGAGGUGACAGGUCAGUAGGAUCUCUGUGGGGUAAAGUUUCCAAACUUGAUGUAUUUUACUGACCGAAGUAUUCCUGUAGAGUAUAUUUUGGUGUUGAAUUACGAUGUUACGUUGAUAUUAUUUUAUUUUUUUAUUUAAUAACUACACUAGUUUGUUUCUUUCAA